UGUUUGCAUUCAUUACACUCCCAUUAAAAACUGGCUGGCUCAGCCCUGGGCAGGACUGGUCUGAAUGUGCAGCUGAUCCUCAGCCCUGGCAGCCUCUGGGAACACACUCCUGGCUGUGCACCUGAGGAGUGCUCGCUGGGACACAAACAGGCAAGGGACUCCCUGGCAUCUGUCCCCUCCCAGCCCCGGGCUCGCUCUCUGCAUUCUCGCUCUGCAGUUGGUUUCUACCUGUGUGGUUUGCAAUGGCUGAGGAUAAAACUUUCCGCUACGGACUCAUAGUGCUGGGCUUCUUCCUGGUGAUGAUUGGGAUGUUCAUCAUGAGUGUGGACAAGCCCCAGGUCUACAUCACCUUUUGCACCCUGGGGGUUUUAACCAUAGCAGUGGGGAUCACCUGGAGCAUGUGUCAGUGCUAUCCCAAGAUAACGUUUGUCCCCAUGGAGACGGAGUCCGAGAAGUUCCUGUCACACAAGCCUGCCGUUUCGAUAGAAAAUGAAAUUCCGGAGAAGAGCUGCUCCCAGACUCCCUACACCAGCCAGGAAGAAGCUAAUGUCUAUGAGAAAAGCCUGCCAUCUUAUGAACAGAUCCAGAGGAAAGCAAAAGGCUCUGUGGAGUGUCUGGGGAUUCAAACGGCCCCACUCCUAGGUGACUGUGAGCUCAAGACAAGAGGAUGUCCCCAUCCCUUUAUACAGGCCAAGGCCGAGGUCCACCGGAUCUCAGAGAGCAAUGGAGAAACCUGCAGAGAUCCAGCGCCCCAAGUGGUCACAGCAACAAUCAGCAGCCCAUCAGAGAGGUCCCAUAGUGCAGCACCACUGGCUUCCUUCCUGGAGGACACUGACCUUCCCUCUUCCGAGGGAUCCACCUCCAGCAGCCUGUUUCUGGGGGGAUCCACCAGCUCCCUGAGGAAUCCACUCCCACCACAGGGAUACACCCAGAAGCUCAGGUCUGAACUUCCUUGCUAUGAAGAUUUUGCCCUGAUUGAUUCACCGCUGGCGGAAAGGUGGCAUCCAAGCCAGGAGCAAACACCGGCCCUACCCCAGAACUACCUGUCUGCGACUGCCUCGGCAAGACUGUUUGCAUUGGUUUCAGGUCCUGGCUCAAAGGCAGCAGAAUCAGGAGAGAGACAGAGUGUGGAAGAGGAGGACAACAACAUGUAUUAUGGGUUAAAAGAAGGGCCAGAGAAUUUACUGAUAGCAGAUGAUUUUAUCUUUGAGCCAGAAACCUAAUCCUGGAGAGGGGAAAGAGACUGUCAGAGACAGGCCCAAGCUGGCUCAAGUGAUGCUCAGUAUCCCAAGUGCCUUGCAGAUCAACCCUGUUCAGAUUGGGGGUUGGGGGCAGCUUGCUGGGAGGCCACAGCCAGCUGCAGGCUUUGUGGCUGUUCGGUCGCAUCCUGGCUCCUGGGAGUGCACUGGUUUGUAGGGGGAAGAUAGGAUGUUUGGAACAUUAAAAAAAAAAAAAGUCUGAUUCAUUACUGAAAACAGAGCCUGUCUUGCAACCCUCUGGGGAAUACGAGUGCUUGGAGAGCUUUCCGAGAGCAAUGAAUGCCCAACAGGUCGGCUCUCCACUCUCACUUCCCCCACUCCUGUACAUAGUUAGCUGCUGGCCUGCCUGACAUGGAGGCUGCAAUCUCAGGGAGAUGCCGGGGGUACUGGGAGUCCAUUGGCAUCAAUUAACAGGCCUCCUCCCUGC